UAGAGAGAAAAGAAGAAAAACGAAACAAGUAGGAAAGAAAGAAGGAGCCUUUGCCCCCCUUCCUUCACUUUCGUCUGCUUUUCCUUUCCACUCGUGUUAGUUAAAAAGGAGGGAGCUCUGGAUUUUAGAUUCUUGAGUUCCUCCUUCUUAAAUUCUCUCAUUCUUCUUCUCCUCUCUUCAGCUCACUGUCUCUGAAUUCUUUACUCUAAUAAUAACUUAAAAAGAUUUUCUGAUAAGAAAGCGAUUGAUUGAUUGAUUGUGUGAAGAAGAGGAAAUUAAAGGGUCAUCUUCCAUGUGCAGUGGUUCGAAAAGAAAAACAACACCAACUGAGUCCUCCUUCAUGGAAGGUAAUCAAAAGGAGGGAUUUUCCCCAAAUUGUUCCGCCUUGCUUGAAUUGGCUGCUUCAGAUGAUGUAAUUGGCUUCAAAAAUUCUGUUGAAGUAGAGGGUUGUGAUGUUAAUGAAGCAAGUCUUUGGUACGGAAGAGUUAUUGGUUCCAGAAAGAUGGGUCUUGAGGAAAGGACUCCUCUUAUGAUUGCAGCCAUGUUUGGCAGCACCGAUGUUUUGAAGUUUAUCUUGUCGAUUGGUACUGUUGAUGUUAACCAGGCAUGUGGUUCGGAUGGGACGACUGCACUUCAUUGCGCAGCUGCUGGUGGGUCGAAGACUUCUCCUGAGAUUGUUAAGUUUUUGCUUGAUAACUCUGCUGACCGUAAUUCAGUCGAUGCCAAAGGAAACAAACCUGGUGACUUGAUUGCUCCGGGUCUAAGGCCGUCUUGUGUUAUGAGGAAGAAAGCACUUGAGAUGAUGCUGAAAGGGAGUAACGGCGAUAAUUUCAUUGAAGAAUGGAUUCCUUCUGAUGACGUUGUUGAUCAACCGGAAGAGUUCCAGCAGUUGAUGGGUCACAAAGAGGGGAGUGACAAGAAAGAGUAUCCAGUUGAUCUAACUUUGCCUGAUAUAAAGAACGGGAUUUACGGAACAGAUGAGUUCAGGAUGUAUACUUUCAAGGUGAAGCCUUGUUCAAGGGCGUACUCUCAUGAUUGGACUGAGUGCCCGUUUGUUCAUCCAGGAGAGAACGCACGACGUCGUGACCCACGGAAAUUCCAUUACAGCUGUGUACCUUGCCCGGAAUUCCGGAAGGGUACUUGCAGACAAGGUGAUGGUUGCGAGUAUGCACAUGGAGUUUUCGAGUGUUGGUUGCACCCAGCUCAGUAUCGAACUAGGCUCUGUAAGGACGAGACAGGAUGCACCCGAAGGGUCUGCUUCUUUGCUCACAAACCUGAGGAGCUUCGCCCUCUUUAUGCGUCAACAGGGUCUGCUGUACCAUCUCCUAGAUCGUCUGGCAUUAACCUUUCUCCGUUGGACAUGUCGAGUAUGAGCCCACUGGCACUUGGGUCUCCUUCGGCUAUGAUGCACUCCAACUCAACGCCUCCCAUGUCACCUUUAGCAGCCAGCUCUUCUCCCAUGGGAGGUGGGCUGUGGCAGAAUCAGUCCAAUCUAAUUCCACCCACCUUGCAGCUUCCUGGUAGUAGGUUGAAGACCGCGAUGAGUGCCCGAGAUAUGGAAUUAGACAUUGAUAUGCUUGGUUUAAGUCCUUACCAUCACCAACAACAACAGCAGCAACAGCAACAGAUGAUGGAUGAGAUGUCGAAUCUCUCGUCUCAGGCAAACUGGAAUAAUACCAUGGCUACUGCUGCAGCUAUGGCUGCCUCAUCUGGUGGUAGGCUUGGUGGUGUGAAACCCACCAACCUAGAAGAUGUGUUUGGGUCUCUAGAUCAUUCUUUACUGUCUCAGUUACAAGGUUUAUCUAUUAAAAACGGGUCAUCAUCUCAGGUUAAUUCUCCUACUGGAAUUCAGAUACGUCAGAACAUGAACCACCAGCAGCAGCAGCUUCGUUCUAGUUACUCAGGCAACCUAUCAUCGUCUCCUGUAAGGUCGCCAUCUUUCGGCCUCGAGUCAUCUGCAGUUGCAGCCAUGAGUUCAAGGUCUGCUGCCUUUGCAAAGCAAAGGAGUCAGAGCUUCAUUGACCGCAGCGCAAUGAAUCGUCAUCCUGGGCUCAUGGGUUCAUCUGCCAUGUCAACCAGUACAUUUUCAGAUUGGGGAUCCCCUACUGGGAAAUUGGACUGGGGUGUUCAAGGAGAAGAACUGAACAAACUCAGAAAGUCUGCGUCCUUCGGAUUCAGGACCAACAAUACUUCAAUGGGCUCUCCCCCAGAGACCAUGGCCUCUCUAGCUCGCCCUGGAGAUGAGCCCGAUGUGUCAUGGGUGCAAUCCCUAGUGAAGGAUGCUCCACAACAGUCCGGAUCACCCAACAGGCGGUUCAGUUUGGAGGAACAGCAAAUUCAGAUGCAGAAGCAGUAUCAUCUUAACAGUGGAGGUAUGGAUAUGCUCUCACCAUAUAUGGAGCAAUUGUACAUGGAGCAGGAGCAGAUGGUGGCUUAACAACGCCGCCACCCAACAACAACAAUAAUAACAUGCGCGCCGCAGCCGUCUUGCUAUCCUCUGCUCGUCUAGCCUAACAAUUUCCUUGCCAUUUUUUAAAUUUUUAUUAAUAUUUUUUAAAUUACUUUGUUGUUUCCAGAAGAAAAAGAAAAAAGGAAGAGAAAAACUGAGCAGGAAGAAAAUUUCCUGCUCAUAUAUAAAUAUUUUUCAUAUAUAUUCAAUUAGGUCCAGUAAUUAGAAGAAGAAGAAGUUGGGAGGGUCUUUUUACUAAUAAGACCCCCAAGCAAAGCUACUAUCUGUAAUGAGUUGAGAUGGGGGACCUGAGUGACAACUUGGUUCACCAUUAUAUAAACUGAAAAGAAAGAUUGUAUACAAAUUUCAAAUUUGAAAAUCUAAUGACUAAUAAUUAUAGUAAAUUGUUCAUAAUA